GGCGGAAUCAAAGGCGACGGUAGCGGUUACGUUAGCGGCGAUGGCGAUGGUUGCCAUGAUCUUCGCAGUUGCCUCGUAUGGGAGAAGCACAAGGCCCAUGGAAAGAAUAGCGGGUUAUGCUCGUGCACAUUCUCCUCGCAAUGUCGGGAUCCUCCGGGGGCAGCGGCUUGCGGCGGCUGCUCCGUUGCCUCCGUUUCUCCCGCCUUACGCGUCGGUCGGGCCUGUUGUGAUGACUCCAUCGGUUGUUCCUGGAACUGCGGUCGUGGUCCCCAUUUGUGAUGACUUUGGGUGCUAUUCGUUGGAUGCUUGUGUUGAUAGAUAUGAUUUCAGAUCACGGUAUGGGGGUUGUGAGGUGUAUGCCGAUUGGACAAAAAGGAUGGGGUAUUGCGACGAUGACGUAGACGCCUUUGGAGUGCCGGCAUCCCAAGCUUGUCCUGUUUCCUGUGAUACAUGCUCGAUCGGAAUGUGCUUCGAGUACACCACGAAUGAGAUCCGUUCGUGCAGUGGGAUGUAUGGACAGGACGCGUGAGGCUGCAGCUUUGACUCUGCUUGGACGUCAUCAUGAUGGGGCUGGCGAGAAAGCAACAUCCAACAUGUUGCGUGCGAGAUGGUUAACGUGAAAUCAGCGAAACUCGAUGUAAAUUGACAGGGUGGGGUUUAAUGGUGUUAGACUAAAACUUAGUUGGCCUAC